AUGGCAGCCCAAGUUCCACAGUGGUUAACAUCUAUAUUGGAUGCCAACUUUCACAACCCAUGCAAAGAACACAAAGAUGAAGAAUAUACUUUAUUCUGCUUGGAUUGUGAUGGCAAAGUGUUCUGUAAAAGUUGCAAAACUCAGUGCGGCAUCAUGCAUGCAGAUCACGUAGUUCAACAGGUCUACAAAGCUUCGCAUCAAGCUGUUCUUCGGAUUCAAGACAUUGGUUUAUUAUUUGAAAUCUCCGAGAUCCAUCCUUAUAGCAUUAAUUCUUACCCUGUAGUCUUUCUUCGUCCAAGAAAAAAGAACCAAAUGCAAGUCAUGCGCGCUAACGCUGCUCACAAGUGCGAAGCCAAAAGUAUGAUGCAAGAUUUAACCAAGGUGGCAGAUGGAUGUGCAAGAACUCAUGAGGUAUUGAUGAUCUCGCAAGUAGUGACAGCUAAUGGAAGUACUGUUCUCCAAUUUUGCCCAGAAAGUAGAGACCAAGAGAAAAUGAUAGUACCCGUUGUUGAACCUCCUAAAUCUUUUCGCAAAAGAAGUAGGAAGGGGAUACCGAAAAGGGCUCCUUUCUUUUAG